AUGGCUGAGUUGCUUGCACCCGAGCCGUCGGCGGAGGCGGCGGGUGGACAGCUGUUCCGCGUCGGCGAUAUAUCCUCUGCGGCUGCGAUCGCCAAGGCGCGGCGGUCCGACUUCCGAGAGGUUUUUGAUGAGCGUGACAGGGAGGGUGAUGCGCGCCUUGCGAAGCUGAAGCUGGCGCCCCUCGGCCAAGAGAGUCCUGGCAGGGAGCGAUGCUCGGGCUGUGGCGUGAUGCGCUCGGCCUUCUGCUCUGAGUGUCUUGCCAUGCUGCCCGGGCAGGCCCGGCCGGAGAUAGCGAAGUUGCCUUUCCGCUUCGUGAUCAUCACACACCCAAAGGAGCCGCGCAGCCGGAGCACGGGUGUGCACGCGGCGGUGCUGGCGGCCGGCUGCGUCACACUGAGGACGUUCGACAAGGGCGACGAGGCCUGCCUGCCACCGGAGCUCUUCCCAGCGGGAAGAACCUUCCUGCUGUUCCCGUCCGAUGACGCUCUGACAGUGCCGCAGCUUGCGGCGAAGAGGGAACCGGCGGGGACAAAGGCACCGGCGAAGGCGCGGGUGCAGGAGGGCGAUGGUGCAGAUGAGGAUGGAAACGCUGGCCGCCUCGUCGUGGUGGUGAUUGACUCAACGUGGAGCCAGGCCAGGCAAAUCAUGGGCCACCCUUGCCUCCAAGCGUUGCCCAGGGUUGCAGUUGCGAGCCACCGGACGGCAUUCUGGCGGAGACAGCAUCUAGGGGAGAACUACCUGGCCACUGUGGAGGCUGUCUACUACGUCUGCACCGAGUCCCACGGCGACGCCUACGAUGGCCGCUAUGACAACCUCCUCUUCUUCUUUGUCAAGUUCCGCAGCUUGGUACGGCAGCGGAUCGGCACUAUCCCGUGCCCCACUGAGGCCAAAGGCAAGGUGUGCACCAAGCUCCAGUGCCAGCACUCGCACUCGCUCUCGCUUGGCGCUGAUGAUCACGGUCGCAAGCAGCCGGUGCUGCUGGAGAGCUCUGAGGGGCCGACAGAGACGCUGCCAGUCUCAGGAGCCGAGUGA